GCCAGCUCAGAAACUGGAGGUGUUCCCUGCAGGAGGGAGGUGAGCGACACUUUGGGGCAGAUGCAUGUUCAGGAAGCCUGUGCCAGAGGUUCCUUGUAUCAAAUCAUACCUUCUGCUGCCUCCAAGGGGCUGCCAGGAGCCUCCAAGGAGGGUUGUGUGUGUGCUGGGGGUGGGGAGGGGUGUUGAAAAGAGAGUUAUUAAUUCAGCAGAGAGAGAGAAGUGGACAGAGAGACAGGCAGAAAUCUGAGUGGCUCCUAACUGAGGUCCAGCCACCGUGCUGGGGUCACUGUGCUGCCCCCCACCUUUAUCUAUGGUCUCCUAGCUCACCUCUCCACACAGGGGUUGCCUGGCACACUGAGGGAGACAGCCAUUAUGUUUUAAGGAGUAUUUUGGGGAACCCCUUCCACGGGGGCAAGGGCUGGAGGCUGUGGGGCUGGGGCAGAGCUCUUGUGACUGGCCUUGGGGUCUUCCUCCAGCCUGGGGAGAGGGGAAAGUCUGGAACAUCAACACGUCCCAUCCCAGGUGCUGGGUGACCCAGAAGUGGCUGGGGGCUCUAGAGAAUGUGGCUGGGGUGGGAAUCCUAAGCCUACAGGGGAGUGGGCAGGCAGGAGAUGUUGGAUCAACCCUCCCUCCCCUCCCCCCCCCUUCCCUGCCUUUGACUCUCUCUCCCUCCCAUUUUCUUCACAGAGUUUUUGGUUUCAUCUAUGAUAGGAAGGGUAGCUUCACUAUUUGAGGGUGUGUGUGUGUGUGUGUGUGUGUGUGUGUGUGUACCGCCUCAGGGAGGACCCUCUCAUCUGCCCCUAUGAAUUGUGGUGAGGUGAGAGAGAGAGAAUCUGAGUUUGGCUACAUGAGCUUGUGUCCAUGUCUGAUGCAUUUAAUUUUGUAAGGGAGGGUGUGCGCCAGGCACCUACCUCUGGGUAAAUGUGUCUGUAUAUGGAUCUUCGUAUAUACGUAUCUCUUUGUAAUACCUGCCGCUGCCUGCCUGUGGUUUCGUAGUAUGUGCAUAUCCCUUAGUAGGGGUCUGGGUGUCCUCGUAUGUCUGUCUCUCUGGGUAUAUGCGCUCUGACUGUGUCUUUGUUGAUCUUGCCUGUCUGUGUGUACGUGCAUGCUUGUGCGUGGCCUCUGGGUCCGCCUUUGCCCCCAGCCAGCAUGGGUAUCUGGCCAUCUCUGCGUGGUACCACCUCUGUACGGGCACACCUCAGUGUGCCAAGAUGGACUCAUCACGAGGAGAUGUGUGUAAGUGUGUGCGUGGUGUUUGUGCCUAUUGCCAUCUCUGUGGGUGCCCACGGAUCUCAGGGUGUGAGUCCCUGUGCUCUUCUGUGUAUCUUUCUAAGUGAUGGUGAAACAGCAGGAUGUGGUUUGCCCAGACCUUCUCCCUUGGGUGGCAGCCAGAGUGAUGUUAUUUCAUAAGACACCUGCUCUGUGCCCCUGCCUCGGCCUCAGGUGGACCCCCAGGGGUGGCCUCUUCUCUGCCACUCAGUUUGUUUGUAUUUGACCAGAGCAAUAACCCACCCUCUUGAGGCAGCCGUCCAAUGAGCCGUGGGUCCCAGCCGUGGACCUCUGGCUAGGGUUGGGAGGAGAGGGGCUUAGCGAGGGUGUUCUGCUGCAAAAGACCAUCACAGAAGACCUCCCCUCCCCCUCGCACACACAUAUCUGACCCUAUCGUGGGUGCCAGGCUGUGUGGUGCUAUCCUGGGGCAGGCUUGGGGUCUGCAGCGUCUCCCUUCAUUUGAGCGUACCCACAGCCAGGCGGUCACGUGUAUGCAUGUGACAUGACUCAUGCAUCAUCCCAGCGGCCCUGGGGGCCAGGGUUCACUGUGAAUGUCAGCAGCAGACGGUGGGUGGCACAGAGGAGCGAUGUGGGAAGGGUGCUGGGGGAGUACCCAGACGCCACCGGAGAGGUCCUGACCUCAAAUCAACGUGUGCCCUAGGCCUUGUGUGGGAGAAAAGUGUACCCAGUUGGGAGGAGGGCCUGGAAGGCAUUUCUGGGUGACUGUGUUGACUGGAGGGAGAGACUAAAUCACCAAGUGCCCUGGCACCCCUUCUUCAAAUCGCCUCCACACCUAGUUCCUUUGUUCCUCAGACCCAUUCCUGUCCUGCCCUUUCCUCCUCACCCAGCCAUAAUUCCCACUUCACAGAUGAGGAAACAGGCUCAUAGACUAAGUGUACAGCCCAAGGCCUCAGAGUUCAAUGUCUCUGGCACUCCAUUGCAGGCCUCUGGACUGCAGGUCUGGGAGGGGUGGUCUGCCACAAUUCCACAUUCCUCCACCUUCUCCUCCCCUCCCCUGGGAACCCACAUAGGGGUGAGGGGCUUCUGUGCGUCUGAGAAUUCUAGGAAGAGGCCCCUCCUCUCUCCACCAGCCCUCCCCUUCUGGCAUCCCCAUUACAAAUAACUCAUUAGAUUAAAGAUUGAGCUCCCAGCUCCAACACCUCCGGAGGUUCCCCACGAGGCCUGAAGGUCAAAAUCCCCAGUAUUCACUGCAGAGCCUUCCAGCCGCAGGCACCGCCCCCUCCCCUCCAUACCUCCACUCUGCCGUGACUUCGUGAACCUGCCCUGCACUUUCAGCUUGGGCCAGGCCCACCCACUGCCUGGGAUGCCCCUGUCCUGGUGAAACUUCACUUUUCCUGCAGUGAAACCUAAUAGACUCUCCCCCGCAGACCUACGGCUUUCCACGCGCUCCUGUGUGAUCCCAAAGCAUUUUGCUGGUGCCUCCCUAGCGCCCUGUUUGGCUCUCGCCUGUGAGCUCCUCUAAGAACUGACCGGUGCACGUGAUGAAUGAAUGACUCUGUCCCUCCCGCUGGCGGGACACCUUUCCUGAGGUCUCGCCUCCGUCGCUCCGGCUGCAGCGCCCGCAGCGGAGGAGGUCGAGCGCGCGCUGGGCGACAGCCGGGGCAGGUGAGCCCCGGGGCGCCGCCACCCGGCCCGCCACCCCGGCCCUCGCCGGCUGCUGGCGCCUCUUCGCCCCGGUUACCGCUAGUGGCUGCUGUCGCUCAGUGGAGCCCAAGGAGACCGCGGCCAGAGCGUCCACCGCGCAAGAUGGUGGCUCCCGAGUCUCCGCGUGGAGAGGUGGGGACAAGGUCGAAGGACAAUUAGGAAGUUGGCUGGUUUUGGCCGCUGGCUGGACGUGGCCUUCUGGUCCUGAACGGCUCACCUGUCAUCGUGCCUGGGGCGGUGGAAGCAUGAGCGAGUCUCCCACCGGCAGAGCGGGAAUAACCGUUCCCAGCUAAGUUAGAUGGAUGGUCCCCAUUAGCCUGGCGCGCUGCUCCCCUCCUCCCCCCACAAUUUCCAUUGUCAAGGGAGGUGCUGCCGUGUGUGGGGGGAGCCUGGGGGACCAGAGCAUUUGGGUGGGGUCGGGGGUGCCCUGCCCCUUGAGCAGGAAUGGUACCCCCGGGGAAGAAACCAGCCGGAGAGGCCUCCAACUCCAACAAAAAAUGCAAGCGUUACUUUAAUGAGCACUGGAAAGAGGAGUUCCCCUGGCUGGACUUCGACUACGAGCGGAAGCUGAUGUUUUGUCUCGAGUGCCGCCAGGCCCUGGUGCGGAACAAGCACGGCAAAGCCGAGAACGCCUUCACCGUGGGCACCGACAACUUCCAGCGCCACGCCCUGCUGCGCCACGUGACCUCGGGGGCUCACCGCCAGGCUCUGGCUGUCAACCGGGGCCAGCCCACUUUUGAGGGCCAAGCUGAGGGAGGAGGGGCCUACCCAGACCUGGCCACCACCCCCACCUCCACGGGCGUCAAGGUGGAGGUGGACCCGGCCAAAGUGGCGGUGCUGACCACGGUGUACUGCAUGGCCAAGGAGGACGUGCCCGACGACCGCUGCUCUGCCCUGCUUGAGCUGCAGAGGUUCAACCUGUGCCAGGCGCUGCUGGGCACGGAGCAUGGCGAUUACUACAGCCCCAGGAGGGUGAGGGACAUGCAGGUGGCCAUUGCCAGUGUCUUGCACACAGAGGCCUGCCAGCGCCUGAAGGCAUCCCCAUAUGUGGGGCUGGUGUUGGACGAGACCAGGGACUGGCCCGAGUCCCACAGUCUGGCCUUGUUUGCCACUUCGGUGUCCCCCUGUGAUGGCCAGCCUGCUACCACCUUCCUGGGCAGUGUGGAGCUACAGGAGGGUGAGGCCACCGCUGGCCAACUCCUGGACAUCCUGCAGGCCUUCGGCGUGCCUGCACCCAAGCUGGCCUGGCUCAGCUCGAGCCUCCCCAGUGACCGCCUUGGGCGUGUGGGCCCACAACUCCGGGCCGCCUGCCCGCUGCUCACCGAACUACACUGCCUCCCUGGCCGGACAGAUCCCGAGCCCCCUGCCUACCUAAGCGAAUAUGAAAGUGUGCUGGAUGCCCUAUUCCGCCUCCAUGGUGGCCCCAGUUCUCACAUGGUCCCUGAGCUGCGGGCAGCACUGGACCUUGCAGCUAUUGACUUGGCAGGACCGCGGCCAGUGCCCUGGGCCUCCUUGCUGCCUAUCGUGGAAGCAGUGGCUGAGGCUUGGCCUUGCCUGGUGCCCACACUGGAGGCCUCUGCUCCAGCCUCCCCUACAGCCAGGGCACUGGCCCUCGCCCUGCGCCAGUUCACCUUCGUGGCCUUCACCCACCUGCUGCUGGACACUCUGCCAUCCAUGCAGAAGCUCACCCUUGUCCUGCAGCCUGAAGAGCCGGACUUGGCCUUGUUGCAACCCCUGGUGAUGGCAGCCGCAGCCUCCCUCCAAGCCCUGCGCAGCUCGGGUGGGGCGCGCCUCCAGGGCUUCCUGCAGGAGUUGGCGUCCUCCAGCUCUGACUUGGGCGGUGGGCGCUGCACCUACCGCGGCGUGGAGCUGGUCGGCUACUCCGAGGCUGCGGUGCGGGGCUUGCAGCGGCUGCGAGGGGCCUUCCUAGACUCCAUGCGGCGGGGGCUGCGGGACUCCUACCCCGGGCCCUCUCUGGACGCCGUGGCCGCCUUCGCGGCGAUCUUCGACUCGCGCGGCUACCCGCAGGCCCCCGAGGAGCUGGGCGCGCACGGCGAGGGGGCACUGCGGGUGCUGCUGCGCGCCUUCGCCCCCGCCGUGGUGCGCCAGAGGGCGCUGGGUGACUUCGCGCUCUUCAAGCGCGUGGUGUGCAGCCUCGGGCGGCUGGGCCCGCGGGCCUUGUGCGCCAAGCUGGCCUGCGCGCGCUCCGAGCUGCACGAGCUCUUCCCGGACUUCGCCGCCCUUGCCGCCCUGGCCUUGGCGCUGCCCGCAGGCGCCGGCCUCCUGGACAAGGUGGGCCGCAGCCGGGAGCUGCGGUGGUGGGGGCAGAGCGGAGCAGGGGAAGGCCGGGGCGGCCCGGCGGUGAAGAUCGCCGUGGAUGGGCCCCCGCUGCACGAGUUUGACUUUGCACUGGCCGUGGAGUUCUUGGAGAGUGGGUGGGCGGAGGGGCUCCUGGGGUCACAGCUCACGUGAGGGCGGCCCCCUUCCCUCCGCCCAGACAGCCUGGGGCCCUGAGCACUCUAGGGGCCAAGACAGACUCUAGGUGACCGUGCUGCACCCAAGCUGACCCCCUAACUGUGGCCUUCCAACCACCUGCCCUGUGCUUCCUCCGCUCCACGCUGAGUACUAACCCAGCCCCGUGGGCUGUGGAGGAAGGGCUGUGUCGAGGGGGUCCUGGGCGAGCCCACGGAGAUGCUGGGUUUGGGGACACCCUCAGGAUCACUCCUGCCCUUGCCAGAGUUUGGGGAGUAGUAGCUCACCAUUUUCCCUCUGGACCCAGCCCAGGUUUGGGCCAUAGAAAAGCUGAGGAGUCUUGGUUGGAGGGAGAAAGGAAGACUGGGUCUGAGGGAUUGAGGGAAAGGGGAAUGGGUCCUUGGCUGUUAGCUCCCCGCCUGGCAGCAUCUCUUCUCUUCAGAUAGGACUAGACGGCAGAUGACUUCCUGGGUGUCGACACAGCACAGCACCCUCUCUGUGCACAAGCUACCAGUUCAAGGGAGGUGGGGGUGGUGCCCUACCUCCCCCACCCACUGGUAGGCUGCCUGUAUGUGGCUGUGUAUAUAGAUAUACACAUCUACAAAUGUAAAAUAAAUCUAUCCUAUCUUGCAUAUCGUUAACACACAAAAAAUUGAAAAGGACUUCUUCCGGCUUUGCAAUGACAGAGUCCAGAAAAGUUUCAACGGACUGCAUUUAUUUCUAAUGUUUUUCUUCCUCAAAGUCUGGUUGCUCCCCAAAGUUCUGAGCCUUCCCCCGCCCUUGCCUCAGACCUUUAAGACCAAAGACUGUAAAACCACAGGGCUGGAAGGGCCAACUCUGAGGACCAGCCUCGGGCCAUACCCAGGAGCUGGAGGGCUUUUUGCCUCCUGGGAAAAGGAGUUGGGGCCUCGCCAGAGCUGGGGUGGGGAGGGGGGGAGGACACAUCCCUUCAGAUUCCAAUGGGUUUCCCAUCCCCUCUGUCAGCCUUGCUGUGACUGUGUGGGCAUUAGUGAGAGGGGUUUGGGUUUAACUUGCAAUAAACUGGAAACCCAGUGCA